ACAGCGGCACAGGGACCCCGGGCGGCAAUAGCGCGCUGCUCCGGAAAGGUGCGUGAGCAGCGCUCCUUGCUAAUUCGCCCCGCGGCGAAUACGUCUCGCUUUGCAUGGCUCAGCGUUCCUCGGGUGGGAAACGCGCGCUGUCUGUCCCCUCCGCCGCGAUGUGACAGACAGUGACAGAGCGGGCCCGCCGCGGUAAUCGCCUGCCGUGAGAGCGGGGCUGGAGCCCGGCCCGGCGGGGCAGCGGGAGCGGGGCGCUCUGCCCGGCCUGUGCUUCGGGCAGCCACGGACAGUGGGCUGCGAGGAGAGCAAUCCCAGCCAGCCCGCAGGGAACGAAAACUGGUCCUCAGACUUCCCUCUCAUCCUAGCGACGAAGGGAUGCAGGAUGGGGAAGAAGGCGCACUCUCCCAAACUCCGACAGUGUUAAGUCGGUUUCAAAUGCCUUCCUUGCCCAGCUCGCAGGUUUGCCCCAGUCUGUGAUCUGUUCUGAUCUGCGACCCCAUUGUUUGUAAAGCUGGGCAUCCCCAGCUUUUAGCUGCGCACGCUGUCUGUGCAGAGUGAUAUUUUAUGAGAAGGAUGGGGCAAAAGGGAAAGGUCCCACCAGAGCAGUGCAUUCCUUAGAGAUGGGCAGUGAGUCAGAGAGAAGGGAGUGCUCAGGGAGUACUGGAGACCUUUUGUGCUGCUGCCGAGGUCAGGCUUUCCAGGAGGAAUUCAAAACUCCACAGGGCUAAUGGAGGGAGGUGGCUCAUGCAGAGGUUUUUUUGGCUGAAAAUUAUGCUUCCUCCCUGGAAAAUAACUUUUUCCAUUCCAUGUAGUACUCUUUUGCAACCGUAAGACCAGGCAACUGGCUUCCAGGGAAAGCACUUGUAAAAAAAAGCCUUUUCUUUUAAUUUUUUUUUCCUUCCAACAACAUCUAAAACGUUAUUAUGUGGCAAUGAGCAAUUGCACGGAGAAAAGAAAUUGUGUGGUCUGAGAAGGCAGAAUAUUUAGGGAGAGAGUAAUAGAUAGAGGCAUGGUCAUCACGUCAAUAUUUAAUUUUCUCUUUUCCAGUAGGUUUUUGCCUUGGCAUUUUAAUUUUAUCCCUGUUUUCUCAGUCACUGCCUGCUAUAGAGGUGCUCAGUGUGCACUGUGAGCCUCAUGGAUAUCCUGGCUUGGGGUGCAGCUUCCUCUGCCCCUGCUCAGGACCGUGUAAAUGGCAAAUUCUCGUUUAUUUGUUCUUUCUGGACUGGAAAAACCUAAUGGUUAUUCCAGUCCUGAGGCAGUUGCAGGAGGAGCUGAGCAGACCUGAGUCAGACACGUGGUGCUCUGGAGAGUGCUGCCAGUGGUCAUGGUCACCAUGCUGUGAAUCAAGCACAGCUGGGAGCUGUGAUCCCCGCCGGAGAAUUGUCAAAACUGAUAAGUGAACGACCUGCUGGUUAUUUUUCCCCCAGGGUUGCAUACUCUUAAGUAUGUGAUAAACCCUUCUUGAGAAAACACAUCUCCAAACCUGGUUAUGCCUCUGCCUCAUGACCAGAGAUGUCUCUGAGAACAUGCAGUGCUUUCUCUAGAAAUUUCUCAAGACAUUCUCUGACUGGGUUUCUAAAACAGAUACUGUUGUCUAAAAUUAAGGGUAGGUAGAGACUUCCUCCACCCUUUGCAACUGUUUUGACAGGGUAUUAUUUUCCUCUUGAGCAUUUUUUUUCCGAUGACUAUGUCUUCACUGCCUGUUUUUUCCCUCGUAAAUAUUUCUCAUAGGAGCAACCAGUUUGAGUGUUUGAAUUUACAGACUUUGCUAAUGUACUAAUGAGAUGGAGAAGUAAAGGGGCUGUGUAGAGAUAAAAAGUGGAGGUUUUUUGGGUUUUUUUUGAGCAAGUGGUUAUGAUGUGUUAGGAAUAAGGAAAUGCUGGGAAUAUGGUCUAAACAAUUAGCUAGACACAAAGAGCAGUUCAGGUGUGUCCUGGACAAUACACUGAUUGUGUAUAAAACAUCAUAGAUGUUUUAUAAGGAGGAGGAAUUUAUUGCUUGAGAUAUGGGGUUGUUCUUGAGGCAUGAUGUAAUUAAUGAUGGUCUGGCUGCACAGGAGUAAAGAAAUCGACCUGUUGAAUCAGUUGCAGUAUUUACUUUUCCAGAUUGAUUCUCAAAAGCUGUGACGAUGUUACAGAAGAGAUUUGUGCUGCUUCUAUCAUUACUGAGCUGUGUUUGUUGCUUCCUCAUAGGCAUGUAUAGUUGUAUAAAUUCUGACUUAACUUUGGUGUAUUCCUCACAAAGUUCUCACAAAGUUGUUUUACAGGUGUAAUCCUAUCCUAAAAGAUGAGGACAUCUAUCAGGCCCACUCCAGGGAUGGAAGGAGUGUAGUCCUGGAGGACUUCAAUGAAGGGAUCUAAUCUUUGCAAUGACAUAGUAUUUGCAGCAGCUGUUUCUUUUUCUCAAAAUAAAAAAAAUCAAAAAACCCCAACAAAAAGUAGUGCUGAAGAUUCUGCAUCCUAGAUAACCUCUUUCAGUAUAUCCCCAUUUUGACACUAUGUAUAUUUGUUUCUUCAUAGUCAGGCUAAAUCUUGUUUACCAUUUGAACUGAAGUGGAAGAAGAGUUGAGCACUUUCCCCCUUUCUUGUGACUUAAUGUAUGCAGGCUGUUCUGUUCCUUUGGUGUUAUCUUUUUAAGACUAAACAAACCCAGGUCCUUCAGUUGUUUUUCUAGGUUGUGCUCUCUGCAUUCUCUUUUUUGUUUCUUUCCACUGCAGUGUAUCAGAUUUUUGCAUGUGUUUUAUGAGGAAGAAUAUAUGGGGCUGGAUGUGGUCUGUUGGCUAAUGUCCCACCUGUGAGACCUACAGUGGCACUACUACUAUGUCUAAGGAUGACAUUUAUCCUUUUUGUAGCAACAUUAGCCUGCUGGUUUGGAAUUACUUUCUCAAUCAGUGUGUGCUUUUUCUUUGUGGCAUGUUGGAAUUACUACUCUGUCACUUCCAUUUGAUUCCACACCUGCCAACCCUGCCCUUAGUGUACUGGUUUGUACUGAUUUUUGCUGAGAUUGGUUUGAUAGUGGGUUAUACUUAGGUGUGCGAUUCCUGCAGCCAGAUCAAAACACUGCAAUAAGAUGCCCCAAAAUCCUGAGCCGGUUUGAACUUGCUGUGUUCAGGGAUUUUAUUUUUUUGUUGUAAGAGAAAAGUGAUAGCAUUAGUGGUCCUUGCUCAACUAGCCAAGCCAGUGUCUUCAGUGAUUCCUUCUUGCAUCCCUCUUCCUGAUAUCCAUGGUCACUGUGCUUGGAGAUUGGUGUUCUCCUUCAGAGAGAAGGGACCCUGUCCCUUAGUUUCUUUGUGGUUGCUUUUGAUUGCAGCUUGGCCUUCCUCCUGCAGUGUUUUUGUUCAGGGACUGAAAUUGGCAAGGGGCCAUGAGUUUAAAAAAAGUAGUUUUUCCUGCUUGUUUGUUCUGAUGCUGCUCACUGGUGGAGUCUGGUGUGUGCAUGGAGAGGUGAUGCUUCAUAAAGGAGGGGGGCACAAGGGACAACACUGCCGUUUUCAUCCACAGCCUUAGAUUGGCUCCAACACCCUGAAUUUUGUCUUGAGAAUUUCAGGUCCCUUUCUAUCUGGCUGUUACUUAAUGCUUUGAUAUCUUUAUCAAUUUCUUAUCUUAUAGGUAACUACAAACUGAUCAUUUAAUUUGAUCAAGAGUACUUCAGAGGAUCGAAGUUACUGGUGUGUAACUUCUCCCACCUUUUUUUUUCCUUUUAUAAAGAGAUUGGCCAGCCUGGCUGAGACCACUUAGCAAUGACAAAACAAAAACUGCUACUUGAUGGGACGCUCUCCUUGUUUCUGAUCGCGGCCUGUGAAGCUCAGCAGCUCCCGAGGAGUCAUGUUGCUGCUAGUUCUGGUUCUGUGUGUGACAAGGAGGCAGAGUCCUGGGGACACCUGUUCAGCAGCGAGCGGCUGGACGCUUGGAUCUGUUCCCUCAUUGGUUCCUUCAUGGUGGGGCUGAGUGGGGUCUUCCCCUUGCUGGUGAUCCCUCUUGAGACGGGAGCUGCGCUGCGGUCAGAAGCUGGUUCACACCGUUUGAAGCAGUUGUUGAGUUUUGCAAUUGGUGGACUACUGGGAAAUGUGUUUCUCCACCUGCUUCCUGAAGCCUGGGCCUACACAUGCAGUGCAACAACAGGAGAAGGGCAAAGCUUUCAGCAGCAGAAGCUUCUGGGUCUCUGGGUGAUCAUUGGAUUCCUGACCUUCCUGGUGCUAGAGAAGAUCUUCCUAGAGAAAGAGGAGGAGUAUCCUGGUGUGGACUGUGAUUCCAAAGCACCAUCUGGAAAGAUUCCCAAUGGAAGUGGCUGCCCCCUGCCAAAGGGGUCCUCUAAGUCCCAAAGAGCACGAGCUCAGUGUAAUGGCUCCUCUCUCCAGUCUGGUCCAAAAACCAACAGAAUCAAGGUUAGUGGAUACCUCAAUCUGCUGGCCAACACCAUUGAUAACUUCACACACGGCCUGGCAGUAGCAGCCAGCUUCCUGGUUAGCAGAAAGGUUGGGUUCCUAACCACAGUGGCCAUUCUCCUGCAUGAAAUCCCACACGAGGUUGGAGACUUUGCAAUCCUACUUCGGGCUGGCUUUGACCGCUGGAGUGCAGCCAAGAUGCAGCUUUCCACAGCUCUGGGAGGAAUUCUGGGAGCCUGCUUUGCAAUAUGUGCUCAGUCACCAAAAGGAGCAGGAGAAACAGUAGCCUGGAUCCUCCCUUUCACUUCUGGAGGAUUUCUGUACAUUGCCUUGGUAAAUGUUGUGCCUGAUCUCCUGGAGGAAAAGAAUCCUUGGAAUUCCCUGCAGCAAAUUCUGCUCCUGUGUACGGGCAUUACAGUCAUGGUGCUACUCGCGCUCACAACUGAGUGACCUCUGCGCAGACCUCAUGAUGCCUCCCAGAGCCACCACAGUGACUCUGAGCUUUACAAAGCAAUAAGGAACACUAAUGUUACUCCUACGUGUGUGUGCGCAGAUCUGGCUGCUAGUAUGAGAAGCAGGUGAGAGAGAGGUCUGCCUGUGCAAGACUUCAUUCCCUGGCUCUCCUAUCCCUGUUCUGCUAAAAUCCACACAUGAGGGCUUCUGUUCUUUUUUUUUGUUUGGUUGGUUGGUUUUUAUGGAGCAAAAGAUACACUGGGCAGAAAUGAACUGAACAACUGCUCCACUAUGAGUGAAUGAUGUUUUAUUUGGUUGAUCCUGAUGGAACUGCACCUCCCAAGCUCUUGCAUGAAAACAACAGAGGUGAUUCCUGUAGCUGAUGAAGAUAAAGGAUUUUUCCUACCACUUUAAGGGCUGGAGGCAGAGCAGGCAUGGCAAAGGAACAAUAAAGAGCUUUAGCCAGAACCUCCUACCCAUGAGAAGUUGAUGGUGCUAUGAGAUAGAGGGGAAGAGACCCUUUCCAACUUGAUCUCCAGCUGUUCCUAAAGGUAGUAUUGGCCUCAGCAGUCCAGCUCUUUUGGUCUAUUUUGUUUACAUUGAAAUUGAGCCAAAAGCUUGAGGCGCUUUAGGGUAGGUCACUACAAUUAAAUGGCUCCGUUUGGAGAUUACUUUCCUCAGCCCUAACUACACCAGUAGCCAGCACAGCCCAACUGUGUAUCUGAUAAAUGAUCAAUAAAUGUUUCUUCAAUUGCCAACUACCAGCUCACUCACAUCUGGAGGGAAAGCCAUGUAGCUGUUGUGACUGAGCUCCCUCUCCUCAUAAUCAUUAGUUGAAAACUCCUCUGAACCUGCUCAUGAGACCUGAUUGGCACGAUCUGCCCCACACCAUGUUUCAGAGCUUUCUUGAGGUGUAGCAUGUUAGAGCUGCCCAGCAUGCUACAGCAACCCUGGCAGAGGUGCUUGAACACUACAGCCUGGUCAGCAACUGAAAACUCCUGGUUAGCUCUUCCUCUGUUCAGUGUAGACUUUUUAAGAGCAUACUGUAGAUGGUAGCCUAUUUCUGGAGUUCUUACCUCACACUGGAGUUCAUCUGUUGAGGAUGAAUGAAUAAGAAAUAAUACUGACAGCUUUUAGAUGGGAAGGUUGAAACUGCUGGUGAAAAUAUUUUUAAGUAAGGUGAGAAAGAGAUAUGAAAAGGUGACAAUAAGUAUGCUUUAAGAGGAGUUUUCUGUUACGUGAUGCUUGGGAUUAAAUUUCUGGCAUUUUGAGAGCAAUAAAAAGAAAUAAAAUUUCUAGUGCUUUCCUCCAUCCCAGCUCACAGAGCUGACCAGGCCAUAAUUCCACAGAGAUGUGCACGAUUACUAGAUCCUCCUUUCUGUAGAACUUUGCUUUGUUUGUAUUUGUUUAAAAACAGGUCUAAUUGAACUAGCAGAGUCACUGAACACAAAACAGGUGCCAGAGUGUGAUUUACACCAACUUAGCUCAGUCUUUUAACAGCUCUUGUGAAGCAGUACAGCUCUCCAGUCUGCCCAGGGCCUUACCAAGAGGGCUCGUGCCUUUAGAGGGCAAUUUGGGUCAGAGCAGCAAGGCAGGUAGGCUGCCCACAGCAAGGCAUUACUUCCCUAAGAGAUUCCUGAACUGUUGACACAGUUCUUUUUUAUGACAGCUCCUGUCCUACUUUUCAGUGGGUGCUGGAGAGCUCAUGCUUGCAGUUCUGUCUGCCCAGGAACUGCUGUCUGAAAUUUUUUCAGCUUUUCUUUCUCUGAGCUUACAUCAGUAACUAGUUUCACUGCAACAAGGAGGGAGGCUUAGUGCAAUUGUUUAUUCCUCUUUACAAAAUUACCUUCCUGUGCCAACUACUCUCUCCAUCAUUCAGUUGUCAUGAGGUCUGAAGGUAGCAUCCACUUCCUGCUUUCCUGGAAGGAUGAUUAAUCCUGUUAGCUUGCAGGGACUGGGGGAGUAUGCCAGCCCUCUGGUUCUAGCUUUGGGGGUUCCUUCUGCCCAGGCACUGCAGCUAAGAAGACCACAUAACAGGGCUCUGGAGGAAGCAGGCUUGCACAGAAAGUUGUGCCUGCUGUUUCUCAAGAUGUCUUUCCCAAAAUAAGGCUGGCAUUUAAGUUGAGGCAUUGCCAGGUGAGUGCCCAUGAGUUGGCGUUGUUGCAUCAGCACUGAGCCUUGCCAAGACUGAAAACCACAGUCAGGAUUUUAUACUCAGCGUUCAGGAAUGUGAAGUGGAUGACACUGAAGAAAGAAUUUCUGAGCUGUUUUUCUUGGCUGCUGUCACAGGCAUGGAUAGUCUGUGGUUCUUGGGAAGAUACCCUGGUAGGAGGUAGCAUGGGGCUUGUGGGUGGGAGGGGUUUAAUAGAUUUCUACUGCAUCAGCCGUGGGGCUGAGGAUUGAGAGCCUUGGGAGGAAAUGGAGCAUCACUCCACCACAUUCGUCACUUUUGGAAAUGCAGAGAGAAUUGUAUUUUCUAGCUCUAUUUUUUCAGCUGCUCUUAUGCAUUUUCCCCCUUCAUCUGUAUUGGUCUGCUCUGCAUGGAGACAAUAGAGAUGAAAUAAAUGGUUUUCCAUGUC